AUGACUUCGCAACACGCAGCAGAACCUAUAGCCAUCGUGGGCAUGGCAUGCAAUUUCCCCGGAGGAGCGGACAGUCCCGAGAAGUUCUGGGAAAUGCUCAAGAGCAAACGCAGUGCGUGGACGGAUACGGCACCUUCGGAUCGAUUCAACUUCGAUGCGCACUGGCACCCCAAGUCGGACACGAAUGGCACGUUCAAUAUCCACGGGGCGCACUUUCUGACGCAGGAUGUAGCGGCGUUUGAUGCUCCGUUCUUCAACAUUUCUGCUCCAGAAGCGAAGGCGAUCGAUCCGCAGCAACGAUUAACGUUGGAAAGCGUGUUCCAGGCCAUGGAGAGCGCUGGCAUUACCACCGAGAAGCUUGCAGGAAGCAGAACGUCGGUGUUUGUCAACUUGUAUAAUUUGGAUUAUUCGUACAUCACGACGCGGGACCCCGAGGAUAUCUCCAAGUAUCAGACGGUUGGCACCGGUAGCGCGUUGAUGGCGAACAGGAUCUCGUACUUUUUUGACCUCAGGGGUCCCUCGAUCACGCUUGACACGGGUUCCUCGGGGAGUCUGGUUGCUUUCCACGAAGCCUGCCAGAGCCUCAGGACAGGAGAAGCUACCACUGCUAUCGUCGCUGCGGCCACUAUCAUACUGGAUCCAUUACCCAUGGUGGGCAUGACACAUAUGAACUUUCUCUCUCCCGAAGGACGAUCCUUCACCUUUGACGAUCGCGCCUCUGGCUAUGGCCGUGGCGAAGGUGUCGCUGCGGUGAUCAUCAAACCUUUGAAAUUGGCACUGGCUGACGGAGAUCCGAUUCGAGCGAUUGCUCGCGCUUCAUACUGCAACCAAGACGGUCGCACCCCCGGCAUCACGAUGCCCUCGCAGCAGGCACAGAUGGAUCUGAUUCGCGGAGCGUACGAGUCCGCAGGGCUCAGCAUGGAAGACACGAUAUAUUGUGAAGCGCAUGGCACCGGCACUGCGGCGGGAGACCCCGUCGAGGUAUCAGCCAUUGGGUCGACAAUUGCUAAAUGCCUUCGGGAGAAGAGAGGCGGCCGUACGCUGGUCAUCGGAGCAGCCAAGAGCAACAUCGGACACCUGGAAAGCUGCGCCAACCUGGCCGGGCUCAUCAAGGUGGUGAUGAUGUUGGAAAAGGGGUGGAUUGUGCCGAAUUACGAUUUCCAACGACCCAACCCCGAGAUUGACUUGAAAGGGCUGAAUCUCGAGGUCGCCACUCAUCUUCAGCCGCUCGCCAAUCCAAGUGCCAUCUUCCUGCGAGCCUCCGUCAACGCAUUUGGCUACGGAGGCACCAAUGCGCACGUGAUUCUCGAUGACGCCCGAGGUUAUUUGCGUGCCCACCAGUUGGAGGAGUAUCUGGAACGAUUGCCUCCAAUGAAUGGAGAUGAUGGCCAUGAUGGAAUCAAUAACCACAAUGGACUCAAUGGUCAUAAUGGAGGUGAUGGCCACAAUGAAAUCAAGGGUCAUGAUGGAGAUGACGGCCAUAAUGGAAUCAAUGGUCAUGAUGGAAUUGAUGGCCAUGAGGGACUUAAUGGCCAGAAUGGAAUUGAUGGUCGUAAUGAAAGAGAUGGUCAUAAUGGACUCGUUGCCCAUAAUGGAAGCAGUGAAGAUGGAGAAGUUCCUGCUGACAAGACACGCAUCUUCAUGUUGAGCGCCAAGACGGCCCGAGCCUUGGCGGCACGAAAGAAAGCGAUUGCGAGCUACGUCCAAGACCACACUCGUUCCCGCCUGGAUCUGGACAGUCUGGCCUUCACUCUCAACACCCGCCGCACUCACUUUCUGCAUCGCGACUACGUCGUCGCAUCCACCCAAGAUGACUUGGUGCACGCUCUUCGGGGGCCAGCGCCCGCCAAAAGCGCAACGGCAGCGUCUGUUGGUGGGAAUGUGCCUCGGGUUGCCUUCUGCUUCACGGGCCAAGGUGCACAGUGGGCUCAGAUGGGCGUGGACCUGAUCGAGCAUUCGCCCCAUUUCCGGCACAGCUUGGAGCAAUGUGAAGCAGUCGUAACGGAGCUCGGGGCUUCCUGGUCUCUGUGGGAAGAGCUGCAUGCAUCAGCAGAUGUAACGCGCGUGAAUGAGGCGGAAUUGUCCCAGCCGUUGUGUACAGCCAUCCAGAUUGGCUUGGUGGAUAUGUUGUCGGUCGUGGGCAUCAAGCCGGAUGUCGUGUUUGGCCAUUCCAGCGGUGAAAUAGCCGCGGGAUAUGCCAGCGGUGCCCUCUCGCUCUACGGCGCAAUGAAAAUUGCAUAUUUUCGGGGAGUGUGCGCCUCUCGCAUCAAAGCCACCGCUGCUCCUACACAGCUUCAGGGGGCCAUGCUGGCAGUGGGACUGUCCCAAGACGCAGUCGAGACGUACCUGGAUGUCGUCCCUUCGAAGCUGGGACAGAUCGUGAUUGCUUGCGUCAACAGUUCUUCUAGCGUCACCCUCAGCGGUGAUGUCGCCGCCGUGGAAUAUGUGCACAAGCGUCUGACGGAAGGUGGCCACUUUGCGCGUCGGCUCCGUGUCGAUAUUGCCUACCACUCUCCGCACAUGCAGCGAAUUGCCCAAGCAUAUCAUGAAGCUCUGGGCGACUUGAAGACUCACGAACUCAAUUCUACCACCACAUUUGUUUCAUCCGUCCACGCCAUGGUCAUCGAGUCUUCUAGUCUGCUCGAUGCAGCGUACUGGGUAUCCAACCUGGUAUCUCAGGUCCAAUUCUCCGCAGCCGUCGAAACGCUCGUCCAGGAUGUCAUCAACCACAAAGAAGAAUGGCACAAGGUCUUGAUCAUGGAGCUCGGUCCUCAUCCUGCUCUCUCUGGUCCGAUGCGACAAACUCUACAGGAGGUGGCCGCCCCAGAACUGGACUACCAAAUCUUUCCCAGCUUAGUCCGUAACAGCAGCAGUACGCAUAGCAUAUUCAGCCUGAUUGGGUCAGUCUUCUGCGCUCGUGGCACACUCGACCUUUCGGCUGCCCAGCUCGGCGGUGAUACGCUCAAGGGGAAGCUGCUGCCGCGUGUGUUGACAGAUCUGCCGAGUUAUCCUUGGGAUCAUUCUGUCCAAUAUUGGCACGAGUCCCGCAUCAGCGCAGAGUACCGACUCCGAACGCGCCCCAAACAUCCACUUCUGGGAGUCCCUUCGAUCGAUUUCGACCACUUACAGCCAAGUUGGCGUCACAUCAUUCGGACUACGGAGCUGCCAUAUCUCAGAGGGCACGUCAUCCAAUCAGAUAUCUUGUAUCCAGCAGGAGGUUUCGUAGCAGCAGUCCUGCAGGCAUGUUAUGAACACUGGUUGGCUCUAGGCCACAUACACCCCAUCGAGCGAUAUGUUCUUGAAGAUGUUCUCAUCAAACAAGCACUGCCAAUUGCAGAUGACGGAGCUGGAGUCGAGAUGAAGACGAUACUGUUUCCUCGCUUCAAAAUGGCACAAGGAAUGAAGACGAGAGAUCUCCAAUACAACUUCGUCAUCCGCUCGUGUACGGUGGACGGGCAAUGGAGCGAGCACUGUGAGGGCAGUGCAAGGAUGCUUCUCAGUGACGGCAGCGGCACCACCACCACCACCACCACCACCAGGCAACAGACCACAUCUCAGAAGCUUCAAGCUUUCCAUAAAGCGGAAGCAGAAAUACCCACCUGGGUGCGUCGUACCAAACAGAAUUUGUACGCAGAUCUCCGUGGUAUCGGUUACUUUUACGAUGGCGCAUUCCAGGCUCUCGAUGAGGUGUUCACCAAACCAAACCAUGCCUUCGCCAUGCUGUCGAUACCGGAGACCUCGCGCUUCAUGCCGAUGGAGUAUGAACCACCCCAGACGCUCCAUCCUGCAACCAUUGAUGGAUUCUUUCAAGCGCCCUUGUGUGCAUUAUUCGAGGCUGAUCAGCUUCGGAACACCAUGGUUCCACAAAGGCUCGGUCGAUUGGAGGUUGACGCUCGUAUCCAUCACACUGCCGGAGUCAAGUUACUCAUCUCCACAUCAGCCGUGCUGAAAGGACACAGAUCAUGUGACGUCGAAUUCCAUGUGAAGAAUGAAGCAUGGCCGGACGACAUUCUGGUAUCGGGAGCAGACAUCGAGUAUAUCGGGCUUGGAAGUUGGCAAGAUGCUCAAGUGCAGCAGGAUCGUGCAGCUCUUUGCAAUAGAUUCGAGACUGGACCGGUAGUACGAUUUCUGCGACCUGGCGAGUUUCAGCGGCUGCUCGAAGUUGACGACAGCAACCAAGUCAAUGGGACUGUGAAUACUGGUGCAUUGGAAAACGCCGCUCUGUCGUAUAUUCGGACGGCCCUGGAGGCCCUGCAAAGUUGGAAGCCAACGAAUGAAACUCCACACCACCUGAUGAAGCUUUUUGAAUCGUUUAAGGAUGUACACGCGACCCGGGGAGGAGUUCAGAAGAGCUGUGACAUACAACCUGUGUCGAAAGCUCUCGUGAAUGGAAACCUCCACCUUCCUACUGCGAUGGAGGAACUCGUCCACCGCGUAGGACCACGCCUUGCUGAAAUCAUCAUCAUGGGAACACAAGAUCCAAAUGCAUUGUUGCAGCAGGACGAUCUUCUAGAUCGCGCUUUGCACGAGCAUAGGGGCCUGCAGAAAUGUCAGCAGUCUGUCCAACGCAUUGUGGAAGCCUUGUUGUUCGAGCAGCCGAAGCUACGUGUUCUCGAAUACGGCAACAUGAUUGCAGAACCAAGUCGAUAUUUGGCAGACAUCCUAAGCAGCCCAGAUGUCACAUACGAUUAUACAGGGCACCCGUCCGGUCUCUUCUCCAUCGCCUCGAGCCACGAUGCCACGGGGCAUGUUCACGUGAGAAGAAUGAACAUCGAGGAGGAGGAAUCAGAUGGGGAGGGCUAUGGUGACAGAAAAUACGACCUGGUCGUGCUAUCGAGCAGCCUACACUUGUGUGCCUCGAUUGAUAAAGCUUUGAGUAACAUCCGCCGUCUGCUGAACCCUCAUGGCGUUCUGGUCAUCCUUGAUGUUCUGGAGCCUCAGCUAUACCUGGACAUGGUUAUGGGCACACUUCCGCAAUGGUGGCGAGCGCAGGAAAACCAUCGUCAGGGUAGUCCUGUCCUGGAUUUACACGGCUUGGACUGUGCCCUGAAGCAGAACGGCUUCUCUGGUGCUGUAUUGAAGUCCGCACCUGAAAGUAUCUCGGCUUCCGCUACUACGCCGUAUGGCGUCGUGGCUACAUGCGUAGAACCAACUACUGGUUCGGGAGGAUCCCAAUAUCGCGUGCAUCUGCUUGCGACUAGCUCUGCGAUCCCUGUGGAGGACAGCUUGGUGGAGGCUGUCAAAACCCAGACUCUCCUGGACGUGGAGCAGUCCACAUUCGACAUUGCAGGUCAGGCUGGAUGUGUCUAUGUCAUUUUCGACGACGGACCUGAAGGACUACUCGAGAACCCCACAUCCGGUGCGUUUGCGGCCAUGAAACGCAUAGUGGCCUCUGCGCAGGGGAUUAUUUGGCUCACGCGUCGAACUGAUGUAACGUUAUCCAAUGCUCCAUUACCCAGCAGCGGCGUCGUCGGCCUGGCUCGGGUGGUCCGAACAGAAUAUCCUCUCCUACCGUUUCUUACUGUAGAACUUGGCAGCGAUCCGGCAGGGUACGAAAUGAGAAGGGUUGAUGCCGUGGUGAAGAUGCUCAAACAUCUGCAAACAAUAACCGCCAUCAGCACCGAAGCAGGCAGCAGUCUGGAUAGCGAGUUCUCCGAGGAAGAGGGUGCGUUGUGUGUCACACGACUCUUGGCUCAUGAACAUGCCAGCAAAUUUGUCUCUGGGGACACGGAACGACAGCUGGAACGGCGAUCCGAAAUGCAUGAUGAUAGCAGCCUGGGGAUCAAACGGCUGACUAUGGCGACAGCUGGACAGCUGAGCACGCUCUGCUGGGAGGCCAUUCAAGGCUCAUCCACUCCAAGUCUUCUCCCAGGGCCGGAAGAGCUUGCUAUUGAGGCGAGGGCAUUCGGUGUAACUCCGGGAGAUCUGAGGACGGCCCUCGUGGAUGGCGGACACCGAUCAUGGCUGGGUGCAUUCAGUGGUGUUGUGACUGCGAUAGGGUCCAGUCUGCAUGGCCAAUUCCACCUGGGUGACCAUGUGCUUGGUUAUCUUCCUGUCGGAUUUACCACCAGAGCAGUCGUAAAUGCUGCAGCGGUGCGCAAAACUUUACUCCCGUUUGAAGAAGCAGCCGCGAUCCCGGGACUGUACACUUCCAUCGCUUACGCCCUCACAAGCGUGGCGAAAGUGCGAGCUGGCGAAUUGGUAGUUGUCAGUAUUGAGUCUGGAUUGAUAAGAGACUUUGCGGUGCAAUACGCGAAGUAUCUGGGCGCUAGCGUGUUCAUUUUCGACGAUUCGGAAACGCUCACGGACGAACAAGGUAUCGAUAUCAUCCUAUGGCAUCAGUAUGCUGGCAAAAGUACUGGUCCAGGGUGCCGCGAUCUACGCUCCCGCCUGAGGUCGGGAGGACGCAUCAUUGAUAUAUCUUCUUUCGAUAACAGCGAAGAAAGUGCACCAGCUACCGAAUUGGCUGCAGGAAGCAAGAAUGUUACUUUCAUCUCGAUCGACUGGAACGACCUCGUGGUUUCGUCUGUGGGACUGGCUGGUGGUCAUCUACUCGAUGAGGCUCUGAUGGCAGUAGAGGCUUUGGGUAUUGACAUUCCCAUGUCCAGUCACUCUUGGGCAGAUGUUUUCACGGCGUUUCGAUCUCUGCAGCACGAUUCAUCGAGUGCAAAUCAUAUACUGAGGGUGGAAGCCCACAAGGAAGUUCCCGUGAUCGAUGCCACGAGACCAUUCCGACUGGUGCCAGAUGUCACCUAUCUGCUCGCUGGAGGCAUGGGCGGGCUGGGUCGAGCGAUUGUCGCAUGGAUGUAUGAGCACGGCGCGCGCAAUUUUGCCUUGAUGUCUCGCUCCACGCCCAUAGAUGGAUCAAAAGAGGCUGAAUGGCUGAGGAUCAUGAAUGCCCGCGGGUGCAAUGUCCAGUUGUUCACGUGCGACAUUUCGAGCGCUGAUGAGGUUCAGAGAGCACUUGGUAUCAUCGGCAGCAAGAUGCUUCCCAUUGGAGGGGUCAUACAAUCUGCCAUGGUGCUUCGGGAUGCCAUCUUCGAAAAUAUGACAGAAAAUGCAUGGGCGGCAACAGUGGAAGCGAAGAUCCAAGGCUCUCUCAACCUUCACCGUCUGGUAGCACAGCAAAAACAGCUGGGUUUCUUCAUCAUGCUGUCGUCGGUUGCUGGCAUUGUUGGUAACGCUGGUCAAGCGAAUUACGCCGCAGGCUGCGCAUUUCAAGAUGCACUUGCUCGGUACCGCAUCGCUCAAGGACUGCGAGCAACAUCGUUGGACCUGGGCAUGAUCCAAACUGCCGGCUACUUGGAGAAUAAUGUGCACGUUGCCGAAAGUCUGCUCAGGCAAGGAUUUCGUCCAGUCAAGCUGGAACAUGUCUUCCGCCUCCUUCGUUUUGCCAUGCAAGACCAGGCACAGCAUUCCCAGAUUGCCAUUGGGAUCCAAUAUGAUUACACAUCCGGAAGCGGAAACAACACGGCCAAACGCCCAGAAUUCCUACGCGAUGCACGAUUCCGUCACUUGGUCCGUCUGAGCGACAGCGCCAUAUCCCACAACGUGGCACACGCCAGCAUCAAAGACUCGCUUCGAGCCGCCGCAUCUCCUCAGGAAGCCCAUGCCAUGGUCACAGAAGCUUUGCUCCGCCUGCUCGCGGACAAAAUCGGCCUCUCUCGCGAGGAUGUGAGCAAAGACCAGAGCAUUAUUGAUCUGGGAGUGGAUAGUCUCGUCGCAGUAGAAAUCCGAACGUUUGUCAUACGAGAGCUGGAAUCGGAAAUCUCGACGGCUGAGUUAUUGGGGUCGGAUUCUAUCUCGAGCCAGGCUGAGAGAGUUGUUACGAGGCGGAAAAAAGUGAAUAUAUAGAAAGGAAAAGAAAAGAAAAGAAUAGCAGAGAGGGAAUGUUUCGUUCUCGGGAC